GUGCCCAGGACCCCUGACCCCGCCCUGGGUGAGGGCAGGGUGGGGCAGGGCGGGGCUGUUCAGGUGCGCAGGCACCGCCCCGGCGCCCCCUGCUGGCCUCAGGUGAGGCAGAGAUGGAGCCGGGCAGGACAGCGGACACGGCGUCCCCGAGCUGUCACCACAGUGGGGACGAUGAGGAGGAAGAUGUGACAGCAGCGGCAGCCAUGGCAUCAUCCGUGUGUCACCCUGCUGGGAAUGAGGAGGAGGACAAGGAGGUGGCAGCAGUGGUGACAGCCACAGUGUCCCUGGGGUGCCACCCCAGUGAGGAGGAGGAGGAGGUGGCAGUGGCCAUGGCAUCCCAAGGUGGGCCGUGUGGCAGGGAUGAGGAUGUGGUGGCAGCAGUGACAGCAGAAGCAGCCACAGCGUCCCAGGGCUGUCAUCCCGGUGAGGAGGAGGUGACCACAGCAGGGACAUCCCUGGGGUGUCCCCCCCUUGGGGACAAGGAGGAGGAGGUGACAACAGCGGGGACAGCAGCAGGGACAUCCCCAGGCAUUCAACCCAGUGAGGAGGUGACCGUGGCAGCAACGUCCCCAGCAUGUCCUCCUGUAGGGGAUGAAGAGGAGGUGACAGCAGCGGUGACAUCCCCAGGGUAUCACCCUAGUGAGGAGGAGGUGACAGCGGCGGUGACAUCCCCAGAGUGUCACCCUGGUGAGGAAGAGGAGGAGGUGACAGCGGCGGUGACGGCAGCAGCAGCCACAUCAGCCCCGGGCGGGCGGCGCGGCGCGGAUGAGGACGUGGCGGCCGCGGGCUGGCGAGCGCGGCGCAAACACGUGUUCGUGCUCAGCGAGGCAGGGAAGCCGAUCUACUCCCGGCACGGCAACGAGGAGGCGCUGGCAGCCACCAUGGGGGUCAUGAUGGCCCUCGUGUCCUUCAUCCAGAGCGGCGGCAACGCCAUCCGGGCCAUCUGCUCCGAGGACCGCACGCUGGUGUUCGAGCAGCGGGGCCCGCUGCUGCUGGUGUCGGUGUCCCGCACGCGGCAGUCGGCGGCGCAGCUGCGGCGGGAGCUGGCCUUCGUGCACGAGCAGAUCCUGUCGCUGCUGACCCGCGGCGGCAUCGCCCGCGUCUUCGCUCGACGCCGCGGCUUCGACCUGCGCCGGCUGCUGGCGGGCGCCGAGGCCGUGCUGGACCGGCUUGAGGGCGGGCGGCUCUGCGCCAGUGACCUCCACCUGCUGCUCAACCUGCUGGGCGGCGGGGCGGGCGCGGGGGCGGGCGAGGUGUGGACCCCCGUGUGCUUGCCGCGCUUCAACCCCGACGGGUAUUUCUACGCGUACGCGGCGCGGCUGGGCGAGGAGGAGGAGGAGGAGGGCGUGACGCUGAUCCUGCUGUCCACGGAGCGAGAGGGAUUCUACGCGGCGGCUGCGUGCCGGCGGCAGCUGGAGGACACGCUGCGGGCGCAGGGCUGGCUGGCCGAGCUGGCGGCGGCCGUGCGAGGGGGAGCGGGGUACGGCCCGUCCCGCCCCGGCGCCCCCGAGCUCCGGCACUUCCUCUACAAGCCCUUGGAGGGGCCGGAGGAGAUGCAGCAGCUGCCGCAGUUCACCAGUCCCGAGCUGGAGGAGCCCUACACCAGCGAGGAGGAGCAGCACCGGCUCUUCGACCUGUACCACUACCUGCACAGCCGCGUGCACAGCCCGCACCGGCCCCUGCGCCUGCUCUACCAUGUGGCUGAGAAGGAAACGCUGCUGGCCUGGGUGACCAGCAAGUUCGAGCUGUACAGCUGCUUCAGCCCACUGGUGACGAAGGCGGGCGCCAUCGCCGUGCUGACCAAGCUGCUGCGCUGGCUCAAGAAGGAGGAGGACUGGCUGUUCAUCCGCUACCCGGCACCGUUCUGCGCCGCGCCCGCGCGCCCCGAGGGGCCCGAGCCCGAGGGCUGACAAUAAACACUGAGACCCCGGGGA